AUGAUUUCUCUAAAGAUCAUUUCAACCCUUGCCCUGCUCUCGGUGGUAUCAGCAGGUCACCUACAUAACUACCAACACUCCGGCUCGAGCUCAUUUGCCAAUGCGUACAGCUCUGCAUCCGCCCACGCUACCAGCUACGGUGCUCACAUCCCCAUACUGCGGUAUGAGAACGUUAACAACGGAGAUGGAACCUAUAGAUACAACUACGAGACUGGCAACGGCAUAUCAGCACAUGAGAGCGGUGCACCUCGCGCAGCCGGCCCCGAGGGUCUCGCUGUGACGGCUGAGGGCGGGUUCACAUACCGCGCGCCCGACGGCCAGCAGAUCUCUCUCACGUACACCGCUGACGAGAACGGCUUCCACCCCACCGGCUCGCAUCUCCCCACUCCGCCGCCCAUCCCAGAAGCUAUCCUGCGCUCCCUCGAGUACAACAGGCAACAAACCUCUUCUGGUAGCGGUUCAUACAACGGUCACUACAACCAAGGAAACCACGGUCAAUACGGGUACCACUACUGA